UUUCCGCGUCGAAUGAUUCUGGCAGGCGGUUAGCGGAUGGCGCAUUUGCCUGCAAGACGCUUCACGGAGUGUACGUUAGUUUAGUUUACCAAUUUUCUGUGCGCAACCUACACCAACAACAACGCCAUUAUACCGGACUAUUGAUAGUGAUUUGUUAUUUCUGACGAGGAAAAUGAUAGGUGAAGAAGAACGCAGUCAUCAAUGUGGAGAAUGCGGCUUGACUCUCACUACACGCAGUGCAUUGACUGCUCACGCGAGAUCGCACCGCGUCGCAGCAGAUGCACAUCGAUGCGACGUGUGCCAUAAGACCUUUGCAGUGCCAGCACGACUAGUGCGCCACUACAGGACGCACACAGGAGAGAGGCCGUUCGAGUGCGAAUAUUGCCACAAGAUGUUUAGUGUGAAAGAAAACCUGCAGGUGCAUCGCCGCAUCCAUACCAAGGAGCGUCCGUAUCGUUGCAACGUUUGUGAUGCAGCAUUCGAACACUCCGGGAAGCUUCACCGCCAUGCGAGAAUCCACACAGGGGAGAGACCGCACGCCUGCCCUCAUUGCCACAAAACAUUUAUACAAUCUGGACAAUUAGUGAUUCACCUUCGCACACAUACCGGAGAGAAACCUUACCGUUGUCCAGCCCCUGGAUGUGGCAAGGGAUUCACUUGUUCGAAGCAGCUGAAGGUACAUUCUCGCACGCACACCGGUGAACGACCUUAUACCUGCGAUAUAUGUUUACGUGAUUUUGGUUAUAAUCAUGUACUGAAACUCCAUCGCUUCCAACAUUACGGAGAACGUUGCUAUCGUUGUACAGUAUGCGACGGCACGUUCAAUACAAAGAAGCAAAUGGAAGCUCACAUAUAUAAGGAACAUGGGUCGGAGACACCCCGUCCUACGCCUAUGCAAUCCACCGUUCCUAUGGUCGUUAAUGGUAACGUGGUGUGUGAAUUAGUCGAGGCAGCCCUGCAACAGUUACCGCCGACACCUCCUAGUUCACCACCUACAUCGCAAUGUUCGCUGGCGCCGGUCGCCACCGCUGCGGUUCCAUCGACGCCAUCUCCAUCCACUUCACCUUCACCACCAGCCCCUCACGUGCAAUAUACUAUAGCGAACUCUUCAUUACCACCUCGGAAACGGAAACUCAUACCGCAACCGGAAUCUAAUCCGGUUCCGAUUGUACGCCACACUUCAGUCAUACAGUUUGCUCCAGCCGCUGUUGAAUAAUCGUAAAGCUUAGUUAUAUUUUAUGAUUAAAUUGUUGUGUAAUGAAUGAAUAUUUGGUAGAAAAAUGAAAUAAUUCAUUGUGGCUUUGUUCUCUUUGAAGGCUGUCUUUGGAUUUUGAAUGAUAGAUUGUUGAAUAAAGGUGAUACGUUGAUUUCAGCUUGAAAUAUGUAGACGUAGUGAGACAAUUAAUAACUUGUAGCUAAAACUAAGAAUUGAGUAAAAGACUAAUAAAUUAUUAAGCUGUCUAAAAUGCAUUUGUGCCGUCAUUACUAUUAUAUAAGUUUUUAUAUUAAUCUUAUCUUAAAUAUAAUUAAACAUAAGUAAUGAAAAACCCAUUAAAAUAUUAUUUUUUAUUUCAAUUCAUAGUAUUAUUUUUUAUCUCAUCUAAAAUAAUUAAAAAAUCACCAAUCCCAGGUGCCCAAGAUUCGAAUCC